GAAGCAGAGCUGUGAAGCUGUGCUUCCACGUUACCGACCCUUCGCAAUGCGAAAAUCACCAAGUCCGACAAUGUCUGCUGCCUCCUCUCGCUGGGAAUGAGCUUGGUCACAUUUCAUCGUUUGAUCUCGGGUAUUUCAGCCAGUACAAUCUGCAGGUUCACUUUAUCACUCAUCCAGCCGUUUUACGAUUUAGGACAGCUGAAUGAGUCGGAAAUCACAGAGCUAUUAUGUCUCAUCUUUCUAGAUACUACACAGUCGCUAUUCAGAGCCAGAAUCCCGGUGAUACAGUAUCGAUUGCCGCGACCCCUAUAAAGUAGACCACCAUGCGGGUCUCUGUGGAUCAUUGCUGCCUCUUCUUUAUCGUGUCUGUGUUUUAAGUGCUGGGAUCAGAACCGGCCAUGGGAAGAAAA